AUGGACGCCAUCCAAUUUCUGGCCCCCAACCUGGAGGACCAGAAUACUGAGAUUGUCGGAUAUCUAACAAUUAACCAACCUGGUAGGAGUAACUCACAACGGGCCCAAGGGCCCCACUCAGUAAAGUUCAAUGGGUCGACGAGGUUCGCAAACCGUCGCACCACGUUGACGUCCCGUCUCUUUGCGAACGUAACAGCCAGAUGCAAUAAACCGAAUACAGGGACGCCACUGACU